AUGGCUGGAGUCUUGGGUGGGGAGUGUUCAUACAACGAGAGUGGCGUUUCAUCACAUUCCAGGAAUCCUAAUGAGAAUCAGGACGAGGUUUCUCGAUGGUAUUUUGGAAGGAAAGAGAUAGAGGAAGACUCACCGUCGAGGUUGGAUAAGAUUGACUUGAAGAAGGAAACGUACCUCCGCAAGUCUUACUGUACGUUUCUGCAGGACUUGGGCAUGAAAUUGAAAGUUCCUCAGAUUACGAUUGCUACGUCAAUAAUAUUCUGCCAUCGAUUCUUCAUUCGCCAGUCACAUGCGAGGAAUGACAGAAGGACGAUUGCUACAGUAUGCAUGUUCCUUGCUGGAAAAGUUGAAGAAACUCCAAGGCCGUUAAAAGAUGUUAUUGUUGUCUCCUAUGAGAUAAUACACAAGAAGGAUGCUGUUACUGCACAGAAAAUCAAGCAAAAGGAAGUAUAUGAGCAACAGAAAGAGCUUAUACUAAGCGGAGAAAAGAUUGUACUUUCUACACUGGGGUUUGACUUCAAUGUUAAUCAUCCAUAUAAACCUCUUGUAGAAGCAAUAAAGAAAUUUAAGGUCGCACAGAAUGCUCUGGCCCAAGUUGCAUGGAAUUUUGUUAACGAUGGUCUGCGGACGUCACUCUGCCUGCAAUUUAAGCCUCACCACAUUGCGGCGGGUGCAAUUUUUCUUGCUGCCAAGUUCCUUAAAGUGAAAUUACCAUCGGAUGGGGAGAAGGUUUGGUGGCAAGAAUUUGAUGUCACACCUCGACAACUGGAGGAAGUGAGCAAUCAAAUGCUUGAGCUCUAUGAGCAAAACAGUGUUCCUGCAACUCAAGUAAGCGAAGUCGAAAGUAGUGUAGGUGGAGGAUCGGCUCAUCAAGUUGGUUCAAGGCCAAUAUCAGCACGUCCAGCUCAUGAACAUUCAAAUUCUGACAACCCCGGGGGCUCGUCAAAAGCUACGCAAAACAAGAGCAAUGAUAAUGGGAGUGGUGAGGCAGGUAGUGUCAUUACCGAGCAUACGGAAACUCAUCAAGCCGAUCAGUCUAGAACGCAAGUUGAGGCAGCACAUGGGAAGGACAAAACCGAGAGAAUAGGUGCACAUCUUCCAGAUGAGACCGUCCCUCUUGAUAAAUCUAGAAGUGUUGUUAACUCAGGUGAUGCCCCGGUGAGUCAAUCCCCGAAAGAUAUAAAAUUGCUUAGAGAUAAGGUGAGGGCUAAUCUAGAGGCUAAGAAGUCCCAAGGUGAGAAGACAAAGAAAAAGAAUGUGAUAGAUGAGGAUGAUUUGAUAGAAAGAGAACUGGAAGAUGUGGAAUUAGCUGUCGACGAUGCCAGAGACAAUCAGAAGAAGAUUGGUACAGAGCACGGAGAGAUUCUUGAUGGAAACAACUUGGUGGGCAACACCGAGGAAGGUGAAAUGGUAGAUGAUGUUUCUUCAACAGUGCCUAGUCGGAAGAGAAAAAUGGAAAGCACUAGUGAAAAACAGUUGGGAGAAGGAAAGAAGCAACAUCUCGACAACAUUGAGGAUGCUGUAGAAGAAGGUCAAAAGACAAGCCAUAAUAGUCAUGUUAACUCAAUCUUCUUUUUUCGUGCUUUUGUUUAUUCCAGGUCGAGGAUUUGUGUGAAGAAUCUGCCUAAAGAAGUGGCAGAAGCUCGACUUCGAGAUGUUUUCUCUAAAAAAGGAGAAAUCACAGACGCUAAGUUAUUGCGUUCCAAGGAAAACGGUAAAAGUAGACAAAUGGCUUUUAUUGGGUUCCGUAGUGAACAAGAAGCUCAAGAAGCUAUUAAGUACUUCAACAACUCUUACCUUGAUACUUUCCGUAUCUCUGUUGAGAUUGCUCGUAGAGUUGGAGACGAGAACGCUCCCCGUCCAUGGAGUCGUCAUUCACUCAAGAAAGUAGAAGAGAAGCUCAAAGAGGACAGUGAAAAGAACAAAAAAAAGAGUAAGAAGGAACAAGAGGUUGAUGAUCCUAUGCGCGAGGAGUUUCUUGACGUUAUGCUUAGGGGUAAGUCGAAGAUAUGGUCUAAUGACACGUCCGUUGCUCCAUCCGUUAAAGUAGCUAAGAAAGAGAAGGUCUUGGUGAAGAAAGCUGAUGAUGAGCCAGUGGUUUCCAGUGAUGGGAAGAUGUCAUCAGAUUCUGACAAGAAGAGUAAAAAGAGGAGUGUUGUUGCUCCCACUGAUGAUGUUGAUGAUUUGGAAUACUUCAAGAGUAGGGUGAAGAAAAACUUGUCUGAUUCGGACAGUGAUAGUGAAUCUGGUAGUGAUGAAGAUGAAGCUGAUGAUGAUGAUGAUGAUGAUGGUGAAGCUGAGGGUCAUGAUGGUGAAGCUGAGGGUCAUGAUGGUGAUGUUGGUCUCUUUCCCGUUGAGAACGAUGGCGAUGACGAUGCCAUGGAGGUAGAAAAAGAAGAAGAUGACAAGAUGGCUCAAGAUUCAAAAGCUGACAGUGAUGAUGUUCUCCAGACUGGUCGCCUUUUCGUCCGGAACCUGCCUUACACUACAACGGAAGAAGAGCUUAGGGAACAUUUUAAGCCAUACGGUGAGAUAUCAGAGGUCCAUCUUGUUCUUGACAGAGAGACAAAAAGGUCCAAAGGAGUUGCCUACAUCCUCUACCAGGUUCCGGAAGAUGCAGCAAGGGCAAUGGAGGUAUUAGAUAAUGAUUUUUUCCAGGGGAGGUUGCUUCAUGUUAUGCCAUCCAAGCCUCGUCUAACGUCUGAUAAACAAAUGGAUGACACUUCUAAUCUGCCUAAAACAUUCAAACAAAAGAAGGAGGAAGCAAGAAAGGCGUCUGAAGCUGGUGGAAACACAAAGGCUUGGAAUAGUUUGUUCAUGCGACAGGACACUAUUCUAGAAAACACAGUCAGGAUGUAUGGUGUCAGCAAGAGCGAGCUACUCGACCGUGAAGCUGAUGAUCCUGCCGUACGCCUUGCUCUGGCAGAAACAAAAGUGAUUGCGGAGACCAAAGAAGCCCUUGCUAAAGCUGGAGUAAAUGUUACUUCUUUGGAAGAGUUCGCUACAGGGAAAGGUGGUGAGAAGAGCCGAAGCAAACAUAUUCUCUUAGUUAAGAAUUUGCCAUUUGCUUCCACUGAAAAGGAACUGGCACAAAUGUUCGGGAAGUUUGGAAUUGAAAAAAUUAUUCUCCCUCCAACGAAGACGAUGGCCUUGGUUGUUUUCCUUGAACCGACGGAUGCACGUACAGCUAUUCAGAAGAUGGCGUACAAGCGUUACAAAGAUGCUCCCCUGUAUCUCGAGUGGGCUCCCGAAGAUAUUCUUGAGCCAAAAACAGUUCGUGAGAACAAUGAAGAGAAGAGUGAUGCUGGGGUAAAUGAUAUGAGAAGAGUUAACUUAGAGCAGGAGAUUAAUAUUGAUCCUGACGUAACUGAGUCAAAUGUCCUUCAUAUUAAGGAUCUGAGCUUCAAGACAACUGAUGAGAGUUUGAAGAAGCAUUUGGAAGCCUUGGUGAAGCACGGAAAGAUUCUGAGUGUGAAUAUACCAAAGCACGUAAAGAAUGGGAAGAAUGUUUCAAGGGGUUAUGGUUUUGUCGAAUUCGACUCUGUAGAGACAGCCACCAGUGUCAUUAGAGAUCUACAGGGAACUUCUCUGCAUGGGCAUCCUUUGCAGUUGAGGUUUACUGAACACAAGCGGAGAGACACGGUUGCCAAAGUCUCAGAGAAAAUGUCAACAAAGUUACAUGUGAAAAAUAUAGCUUUUGAGGCAACGGAGAAGGAACUAAGACAGCUUUUCAGUCCAUUUGGACAGAUAAAGGGUCUCAGGCUUCCAAAGAGGAACAUAGGACAGUACGCAGGUUAUGGUUUUGUAGAAUUCAUGACAAAGCAAGAAGCUUCAAAUGCUAAAAAAGCAUUGUCUAGCACCCAUUUUUACGGACGCCAUUUGGUGAUUGAGUGGGCCAAAGAUGAUGAUAGCAUGGAAGAGAAGAGGCGUCGUUCUGCUGCUAAGUAUGAGGAAAACAAUGCUCCAAAGAGAAGGAGAACAGCUGAAUAGCCACACCCCUCUGUUAAAAAAGUUUUGUGUUGAACCAUGGUGGUGUGAUAAGUAUGUCCACUGUGUUUCUCCAUUGUUGAAGUUUUGCUCUGUAAUGGCUUCAUCUGCUUGUUUUAAUUUAUUUGGUUUUAGAGAGAGAAAUGUGUUAAGAUAUUAUAUAUAAUUUCUUGAAACCUUUUUCCGUUCUAUAAAAUUCACUUUACUGAA